AUGACGAAAGCUACAACUUGGAGAGAGAUGUCAGAUUAUUACACAGCGGUAGAGAAAAGAUGGAAGACAUGUAUGAAUUGUGGAGCCCCUGGAUUGGGUACAGCUAUGCACCUGGACUACAUCAACGCACCAGGAACUACGUAUCCAGCCAUCAUACCUACGGAAUUCUUAUUGACCAGAUUGAGCGUCAUCGACGUAACAACACUAGCGAAGGUAUCACCUUCCAUGGUGCUAUCACUAGAAGUGGCUCUCCAGUGGUUGGCGCUCAAAUACGACCCUAAGGAACCCACUUUGCUGCUGUUCAAAUUCGGCUGGAAGGAAGACAAUGACCACAAGAGGACUUGCAUCUGCGAGAUGCCUGGUCUCAGUUACGAGCUGGCGGAGUGGAUUGCAGCUAACCUCAGCCACGUAGUGGGCGUGGCUACCGACACUCCCAGCCUCGAGUCGGAGCAGACCAGGGAGUUCACCAGCAGGACUAUAGCGAACGUACUCGGCAGAAGCGGCAUUUACAUGAUCGAGAAUGUCAGCGUUAAGCCCAAGAUACCGGAUUCCGGGUGUUUGACGUUGGCAAUGCCCCUGAUGCUGCUCCACAACAACUACGUCCCCACCAGGUUGACUGCGUUCUGUCCCACGCACCGGACCGACAGGCGUGUCAUGAUAGCACUCAAGAAGAUCGACUCAAUGCCCAAGAAACGGAUCGCGAGUCGAGUGCAUGACGUCAACUUGGAAGAGAUCAUGAGCUGA